CACUGCUGGCGCUCAAGGCAUCGCUGGGUGUGACGUUCACCACGUGGGCAGCAACUGUGCCAUGCGAAGUGGCUGGAAAGCAGGCUGCCACACAGACCACGUGGUCCGGUGUGCUCUGUGGCGACACCGGGGACGUGCUUUCCAUCUCGGUGGCGCGUCAGAGUCUACAGGGGUCUAUUCAUGCAGACAUCUCCAAGCUCACCGCGCUCACUUACCUAGGCCUCUUCUCCAACUACCUCACGGGCACCAUGCCCAUCCCCUCCACCUCUCUGGUCGCUCUGGACGUGGGAUUCAACUUCCUCUCGGGCUCCUUCCCCCAACUCUCCCUCGCGGUCUGUGCGGCUGACCAGAACUGCUUCCUCAACUCCUCCUACUGCCACAGCUACGGCGUGCAGCAGCGCCCCACCUCUGCCUGCGCCAUCUGCGGCACGACCAACGGGCAGGGAACGCUGUGCGGUGGUGCAACUUGUUAUGCCAACAGCUAUGUGCCAGCAGGGAGCGCUGUGCUCUGGUGCACUUUUCUCCGCCAACAGCUCUCUGGUGCACGUCCCCUCGGUGUCCUUGGCCUGCCAGGUACUAACUUCCUCACUGGUAGCAUCCCAGCCAUGAGUACAGCCUUGAAGCAGCUCUUCAUCUCAAACAACUACAUUACGAGCAUCCCCACCCAUUCACUCACCAACUGCGCCGGCUCUAUGAACUGCCUCUCCAAUCCCUCCAAGUGCGCCUCUGACGAGACCACCCAGCGACCUGCUGCUGAGUGCGCCAUCUGUGGCACUACCAAUGCCGUCGCUCCCUUUUGCUGGGGCGCCGGCGGGGAGUGUGUGGUCGCCGCUGCUGCUAACAUUGCAGCCGGAAAAUUAGCAUACCUCAAGCCUGCCCCACCCAUGGUCUGCUCAGCACUGCUGGCGCUCAAGACAUCGCUGGGAGUGACGUUCACCACGUGGGCAGCAAGUGUUCCGUGCCAAAUGGUUGGCAAGCAGGCUGCCACACAGACCACGUGGUCCGGCGUGCUCUGUGGCGAUAGCGGGGAUGUGAUCUACAUGGACCUGUCGAGCAACCUCUUCCGCCAGAACCUCGCCUCAUUUACUUCUGGCUUCUCCAAACUCCAGGCCCUCAAGCAGCUUUAUCUCAACAACAACUGGUUUGCGGGCUCCAUUCCAACUGCCCUCGUCUCCCUGCCCACCCUCACCUACCUUAAAUCAAUAGACUUACCUGAACCACCUGAACCCAAACCACCUACCUGCAGGGACCUGCACACAAACGCACUGACCGGGACGGUGCCAGCCCUGCCCACCUCUCUCCUCUCCCUUGACAUCCAAGACAACUUCCUUGCGGGAAGCUUCCCCGCAGCUUCGCUGACGAGCUGUGACGCGAGCAGCAACUGCCUGGCGAGUGCGAUGGCGUGCAGCGAGGCGAGCGCUGUGGGUCAGAGGGAUGGCGACACGUGUUCUUUCUGCGAGUCGCAGGACGGGCAGGGCGUGCUGUGCUUCGGAGGGUCAUGCUUGCCAGAUGUGGAUAACAGCACCGUGCAUGAUGAUGGCAUGGACCCUCCUGACAUGUACUGUAUUGUCACUCAUCCUUCUUCUCUUUCCCACCUUUGCCGCCCUUCCCUCCCUCAAUCACCCCUCCUCUCCCUUCACGCCCCUCACACCAACUCUCACAGCGCAAGCGCUGCUGGCAGUGAAGGGCGCGCUGGGGGUGACCUUCACAACGUGGGGGGUUGGCAAGUCGUGCACCACGGCUUCUGUAGGGCCGGCCAUUGCAGGCACCCUCACUGCCGUGUCCUUGCCUCAUCGCCCGUGCUCCCUCUGGUCUGCAUCGGUGCUGCAAGUGUGCCCAUGGAUGCGACUCAAGCCGCUGCGUUGAUGAAUGUGAAGGUGACGCUGGGAGUGUCUUUUCCAGACUGGCGGGUCGAUGCCCUCUGCACGCUCGUGGGCUCGCCCUCCCCGGCUCCCGGCACGUGGAAUGGCGUCGCAUGUGACGAUUCCGGGAAAGUGCUCCGAGUUGACCUGCAGUCCAACCGGCUGGAAGGCAAGAUGGACGCCUUCACUGCCAACAUCAAGACGCCUCUUGUGCUCAAGGAGCUCUACCUGCAGUACAACUACCUCUAUGGCGCCUUCCCUUCGGCCCUCCUCGCCCUCACAACCCUCUCAACACUCUCCGUGGCCUUCAACUACCUCAUCGGAUCGCUCCCCACCACACUCCCCACCACCCUCGCCUCUCUGGACGUGCAAAGGAACUUCCUGGCGGGUUCCGUGGCGGCCAACAGCAUUGCCUACUGCGCCAGCACGGGCAACUGCCUGGUGGACGCGUCCAAGUGUGCAUCACUGGGACUGCCACAGCGCAGCGCUGCUGAAUGUGCCGUCUGUGGCUCCACCAACGGCCAGGGCGCUCUAUGUGCUGCUGCCACCACCUGCCGGGUUGCUGCUGCUGGGGCUGGGGUGACCACCCCCCCCACUGCGCUUUCCGCUAGUCUCCCUCUCUUCUGCGAGGCUAUUCCCAUGGACUUGGCAACAAGUGAUGCCCAAACCAUGCUGGCCAUCAAGGCCGCACUGGGGGUGACGCUGACAGACUGGACUGCCACCCUGCCGUUGCUCAAGCCCUCCAGCCCCACCUCACCCAAGUCGCUCCCUCGCAGCAGCAGUGUGCCGCUGGCAGCGACUCAGGGCACGUGCACGUUGGAGGGGCAGAUUCCCGGCCCAGGCGCAUGGACCGGCGUCUAUUGCAGAUCCAAGGGCGUUGCUGUGGGCAUCGACCUGAGCUCCAAUCUCUUCCAGCGCCGCCUGGAUGUUUUUCUCUCGCUCGUCUCUGCCCUGAAGGCACUUCAGAAUCUCAAGCGGAGCCGCAACUAUCUGACGGGCACGGUGCCGGCGUUCAAGACUACCCUCAAGGCCCUCAACGUGGCCAGCAACCUGCUCUCGGGCGCCUUCCCUGCCAUCUCCCUCACCGCCUGCGAUGCCCGCUCCAACUGCCUCUCCAGCGCCACCAAUUGCGCCAACGCUGCCGGCACGGCGCAACGGUUAUCCUCAGAGUGCAGUGUGUGUGGGUCCACCGAUGCUUCUGGCGUUCUGUGUGGGGGAGGGCUGUGCGCCCCUGAUGCCUCCGCCCCUGCUGCCUCCUCCACCCCCAACACGGACGGCCAGCCGCUGCUGCCACUGAGCUGCCUGGGAGUGCCCAUGGAUGCGGCCAUGGGGUUGGCGCUGCUGAGUGUGAAGGCAUCGCUGGGUGUCACGUUCACGGAUUGGAAUGUGGAUGCGCCGUAUGCACUGGCAGGGCAGGGCGUGGUGCCGGGCUCGUGGUCCAGCGUUGUGUGUGACGCCACCGGCAAGGCAUCGCUGGGAGUGUCCUUCACGGACUGGGCGGUGAGCUCGCCGUGUGCCAUGGAGGGAGUGGCAGCACCGCCAGGCGCGUGGUCCAACGUCCUCUGUGACUCCACCUUCAAACCUGUCUCCCUGCAUGGGUGCGUGGGAGGCAUGGGUUCGUGGGAGGCAUGGGUGCGUGGGAGGCAUGGGUGCGUGGGAGGCACGGGUGCAUGGGAGGCAUGGGUGCGUGGGAGACAUGGGUGCGUGGGAGGCAUGGGUGCGUGGGAGGCAUGGGUGCGUGGGAGGCAUGGGUGCGUGGGAGGCAUGGGUGCGUGGGAGGCAUGGGUGCGUGGGAGGCAUGGGCUUCAUGCAUGGGGUUGCCUGGGCCACAAGUUGGAAGCAGGCACAAUCCACUCUUCCCCGGUGUGCAUGAUCAUUUCACUCCUCCCAUUCGUGAGAAAGUUGGAACUCCAACAGUUUCUUCCUUCCUUUUCUUCCCUCUUCUUCUCCCAUCACGUCAAUCCUCCCCAGAUUGACUUGCCUAUCAUUCCAUUUUGCCUGCACGUAUUGCCCUCCUGCACCUAUUGCCCUUCUGCACUUGCCCUCCUGCACGUAUUGACCUCCUCCACGUAUCGCCCGCCUCCUCCCUCCCAACCCCAUCACCUCACCCAUGGCAGCAACUUCAACUUCAACUGGUUCUCUGCGUCCAUCCCCUCUGCUCUUGUGGGCAUCGCCUCCCUCACAUCAUUCGGAGCGAGCUACAACUACCUGUACGGCCCCGUGCCCAAGCUCGGCACGGCUCUCAAGACCAUCGACGUGCAGAAGAACUGGCUGUCCGGCACAUUCCCCGGCACUGGCUUCCUCUCCUGCUCUGCCUCCUCCAAUUGCUUCGCCAACAUAGGCGCAUGCAACACCACAGGCACCACACAGCGCCCAUUGGCUUCUUGCUCCGUCUGUGACUCUCUUAAGGGCACCGAUCCCAUCUGUGCCGGCGGCACCUGUGCUCCCAACACUGCCGGCCCUCUUGCCACCUUCACCACCCCCACCACCUCGUCUCCCAUUCUGCUGCGCUUCUGCGUCGGUGUGCCUUUGAACGCAGCGCAGGCCGCCAUUCUCCUCUCCGUCAAGACAGCUCUCGGGGUCACCUUCACCGAGUGGUCUGCCAGUACCAUUUCAGCCAAGGCCAGGACCCUUACCAGCGAGAUCAGCAACGGGCCAAAGGCGCUGAAGCGACGGCACUUGGCAGAGAGUGAAGCGGGCAGGGAGAGGGUGCUGCUGGUGGCUCCCCCUUCAGUGCAGGCGGGCCUGUGCACGAUUCAAGGCCAGACGCCCGUCCCUGGUUCCUGGCCGGGCGUGUUCUGCUCUUCUGCUGGCAUUGUCGUGGGCCUGGAUCUUCGUAAUUUCCUGCUGCGAGGCACCGUGCACGCCGACAUCUCCAAGCUCACCACACUGACUGCGCUCUACCUGUCAUCCAACCUCUUCUUCCAGCGUCUCGAUUCCUUUGUGGCUCCUAUCCUGCCCACGGCCUCUCUCAAGGACAUGGCGGUGAGCUUCAACUGGCUCUACGGCUCUGUGCCAUCCAAGCUCGUGACCAUGGCCGCCCUCUCCAAUCUUUCCUUCUUGUUCCGUCAUAUUCCUCUCCCAAAUCUGUUUAGAAUCGAUAUUAAUCAUCUCCCUUCCAUUCUCCCACCUCUCAUCCUUGUCUUCCUGCUCUUCACAACCACCAGUCACUUGAGCUACAACUAUCUGACAGGCUCGAUGCCCAAGCCCGGUGCCACCCUCAAGGUUAUCGACAUGCAGGCCAACUUCCUCUCGGGCACUUUCCCCACGGCCACACUAGCCUGCAACACUCGCCUCAACUGCUUCUCCAACGCCACAGGCUGCUUCAACCUGGAUGGAACGGAGCAGAGGGGAGCAGCAGAGUGCAGCAUGUGUGGAUCAACACAGAAGAAGCUGGGGCUGUGCGGGGGUGGCACCUGUUUGCCUGUCCUCUCUCCUUCCCUUGCUAAGGUUCCCAACAGUGCUGCUGCCGCCACUCUCACCUUGACAUGUGCUGCCGUUCCCCUUGAUGCCACCUCUGCCUUUCCUCCUCCUCUGUCCUCACGUGCACUCCCACCUGCAGUGGCGGCACUGUUGAAGGUGGGGGCGGCUCUUGGGGUGAGAGACACGGACUGGCGCAACGGCAGCAAGUGCAACAUUGAGGGGCAGAGCGCCAACCCCAAGUCGUUUCCGGGCGUGUGGUGCAGCGCCAACGGCACCGUCCUCAACAUCACGUUGCCCAACAAGGCACUGAGGGGCAUCAUCCAUGCCGACAUCUCCAAGCUCACUGCCCUCUCCUACCUUCGGCUGGGAGCGAACUACCUGACGGGCACACUGCCAGCCAUGGCCACGCAGCUGCAGGUGCUGGCCAUCGCCAGCAACCUCCUGGCGGGCGCCUUCCCCACGCAGCCCUUCCAGCUGUGCGACAUCCGCAGCAACUGCCUCUCCUCGCCGGGCUCCUGCACCAACGAUGCCGGUGUGGCUCAGCGCACCUCCGGCUGUGCCUUCUGUGGUUCCGCCACGGGCGCCCCGCCUUUCUGUGCGGGCACCACCUGCACUCCCGAUGUUGCUGCUCGCCUCGCCGCUGGCACUGUGAACAACCUCACUUCCACCCUCCCAGCAAUGUUCUGCGAGGCCGUUGCAGUGGAUGAAAACUCUACGCUGGCGCUGCUGGCACUGAGGGCGGGGCUGGGCGUGAGUGCUCUCAGCUGGGCGGUGGACUCGCCCUGCACGCUGGCGGGCAACGCCCCCGCGGUGGACAGCUGGACGGGCGUCGUCUGCGACCUCUCGGGCCAAGUCCUCAGCCUCAACGUGGCGUCCAACCUCUUGGAUGCGCGCAUGAGCGAGUGGGCUCUGCCUCUCACCGGCCUCAAGGCACUCAAGCAACUGUCUCUCAACUAUAAUUGGUUCUCUGGCCCUUUGCCUUCAUUCCUCCUCACCAUGUCCUCCCUCUCAGCGCUCAACGUGCAAUUCAACUACCUCGCUGGUCCCAUCACCGGCACUCCCUCUGCCUCCCUCAAGUCCCUCAACGUUGCCUCCAACCACCUAACAGGAACCUUCCCAGCAUCUUCCACCACCGCAUGUGAUGCACGCAGCAACUGCCUAGCAGACUCCUCCAAGUGCCUUGCCUCAGGCUUCUCCUCCCAGAGGCUUGCCUCUGACUGCGACCUCUGCGGUGCUGGAAGUUCCAGUGCGGUGAUAUGCAAUGGAGGGGUGUGCAUGCCGGACACUACCGAACCGAUGGCUGCCCUCACACCUAACGAUGCCUCGGCUACAUUGCUGCCCAUGCAGUGCUCGGGUGCUCGCAUUGACGCGACAGCAGUAUCGGUGCUUGGGAGUCUCAAGGCGGCGCUGGGAGUGCCUUACCCGGACUGGGGAGGGAACUCGCUGUGCACGGUGGUCAUUAUUGUUUCAGGAGUCAGCAGCUCCUCCCCUGGCCCGAGGGACUUGGGAGAUGUGUUGUGCAGCCCGGCCGGGGCUGUGGUGUCGAUUGACCUCAACUCGCGCCAGCUGGCUGGAUCCAUGCAUGCAGAUAUCUCCAAGCUCACUGCGCUCACUGCCCUCCAACUGCACUACAACUACCUAUUUGGGUCCAUACCCUCUUCUCUUAUCGGUCUCAAGAGCCUCUCCAAGCUGAGUGUGGGCUCCAACUAUCUCACUGGGAGCGUGCCAGUGCCAGGCACUGCCAUGAAGCACCUGGACCUCGAAAACAACUACCUCGUCGGAACCUUCCCAGCAGGCUCCUUGCUGUCCUGCUCGGCACGCACCAACUGUUUCUCGAGUGCGGCUGCUUGCACAGCGGACGGAGGCAAAGGGACUGUUCAGAGAGCCACGUGCAGUAUCUGCGGCAGUGCCGAUGGCACGGGGGUGUUGUGUGGCGGCGGUGGUGCGUCCACCUGCCAGCCCACAGCUGAAUCCCUUGCAUCCCUCUCCUUGAUCAACAGCCCCAAUACCCCUGCGCUCCCUCUAGAGUGCUCCUUGCUGCCGGCUGUACCCGUCAACUCUACUGCCAUGGCAGCGCUGCUGAGCAUCAAGACAGCCUUGGGAGUGACGCACACAGGGUGGGCGGCAAACGCUGUCUGCACGCUGGCAGGGACAGCUGGCACUGUAGCGAGUGGGAGCUUGACGGGUGUGGAGUGUGACUCAGCUGGCAACCCCGUCAAGAUAACUCUCAACAACCAGCAGCUGUUCGGAAUGCUCCCUGCUGAUGUCACCAAACUCACAGCGCUUACUCACCUCCUGCUGGACUUCAACUGGUUCAAAGGCUCGCUGCCCCCACCUCUCCUCGCCAUGACCAAACUCACCCAACUGAGCAUGGCGUACAACUACCUGACAUACCGCGUGCCACCGGUGUCAGCAUCGCUCAAGGCAAUCGUCCUCUCCAACAACUUCCUCUCGGGCACCUUCCCUGCUAACUCCGCCACCUCCUGCGUCUCUGCUGCCAACUGCUUCACCAGCGCCACCUCCUGCAACACUCCUACCGAGGGGGGCGUCACGGAGCAGCGAGCGUCGGGGUGUGAUAUCUGCGGCAGUGCGAGUGGUCAGGGCAUGCUGUGCGGUGGUACAGGGGUGUGCACGCCCAAUGCUGCUGCACUGUUCACUGCCAAGACAGUGAAUACUGCUGCUGCUGCUGUUCUCCCCAUGUCUUGUGUUGACCUUGUGUGUGCUGCAGCUGCACCUAUUGCCUGCCCGACUGACUGGCGCUGCCAGGGUCUGAAGUGUGCUGCACCUGCCGUCUCCAACUGCAACGGCUACCUCUGCACUCCGUAG